AUGAUCCCGUGUCAGGGGAAAGAUGAGGCUACUUUUCUCCAAGAGGAGGCAGGCAAGAAGGAUUCACUGCAGUCAGAGCAACAGCUGGCCCAGCUGACACAACAGCUGGCCCAGACAGAACAACACCUGAACAGUCUGAUGGCCCAGCUGGAGCCCCUUUCUGAGCGUGUGACCACCCUGGCUGGAGCCCAGCAGGAGCUUUUGCACAUGAAGCUACAGGCCAUCCACCAGCUGCUACAAGAGAGCAAACCAAACAAGGGUGUGGAGGUUCCAGAACCAGAGGCCAGCACACUCUAUCCUGAGGACUUAUCUAUAGAGGAGGACGAGGAAGAAGCUGGUGACAGUCAGGCCUGGGAGGAGCCCGUAAACUGGAGCACAGGGACGAGGAACCUAGCUACUCCCGGGGAAAUGGAGCAGGGGCUAAGGAGAAGAUGCCGGAAGGCUGCAGCAAAGGGCCCCAGUCACAGCCCCUACCGGGGAGGAGGGACAACAGCUGACAGUUUAGUAAAACAGAGUCUGUUCUUGUGA